AUGGCUUGGCGUUUCAAAGCUUCGAAAUACAAAAAUGCAGCACCAAUCGUACCAAAACCGGAAACUUAUGUACGUGACAUCACUGUGGGUUCUUAUCAGACCUACGGCAAUAAUAUCGCUGCUUCUGCCAAGUUUAUGGCUUUUAAUUGGGACCAUGCUGGUUCAAGCUUAGCUGUUUUACCCAUUGAUGAUUGUGGUAGAAAAGGUAAACUUAUGCCGCUGUUACAUGGCCACACGGAUACCGUUACCGAUAUGGAGUUUUCUCCGUUCCAUGAUGGACUUCUGGCCACUGGAUCUCAAGACUGUUUGCUUAAAAUAUGGCAUAUACCUCCUGAAGGAUUGGUAGAGUCGCUUAGUAAUCCCGAAUGUACAUUUUCUCAUAAGCAACGUAGAGUAGAAACAGUUGGAUUUCAUCCGACAGCCGAUUAUCUUCUACAUUCUACCUCAUACACCACUCUGACUUUGUGGGAUCUCAUUACGGAAAAAGAACUGUUUUCGAAUCACGAUCAUGAGGAAGUGAUACAAUCUGUGAGUUGGAAAAGAGACGGUACCCUUUUGGCCACCUCUUGCAAGGACAAACAAGUCAGAAUAAUUGAUCCCAGAGCUGAAGCCGCUUGCGUAAAACAAGCCAACAGUCAUCAGAGCAUCAAAGACUCCAGAGUGGUUUGGCUUGGGGACCAAGACAAAAUUCUAACGACAGGUUUUGACGCACAAAGAUUAAGACAAAUCAUUGUUAGGGACUUAAGGAAUUUCAAAGAGACUGAGAAAACUCUAGAAUUAGAUUGUUCUACUGGUAUUUUGAUGCCGCUUUACGAUGCUGACACUGGCAUGUUGUUUUUGGCUGGAAAAGGAGAUACAACUAUUGGUUACAUGGAAGUAACAGACAAAGAACCUUACUUAAUUGAAGGCAUAAGACACUCUGGAGAGCAAACUAAAGGAGCAUGUCUUGUUCCAAAAAGAGCUCUAAAUGUGAUGCAAGGUGAAGUUAAUAGAAUUCUGCAACUCACUAGUAGUUCUGUUGUGCCAAUCACUUAUCAGGUGCCCAGAAAAACUUACAGAGAUUUUCAUGCUGAUUUAUUCCCUGAUACUCCUGGAUGUAAGACAGAAUUAAGUGCUGAACAAUGGAUUGAAGGAAUUGAUAUUUCUUUAGGUAAAAUUAGCUUGGAUCCAAGCAAAAGAGAAAAAGGAGAAGAGGCAAUAACUGUUCACAGAGGUUCUCUGGUUGAUUUGCGCAAAGAAUUUGAAGAAGCCAAAGCUAAUCGCAAAUCCGCACAAGCAAAACCGAAAAUAAUUCAAACAGCCCCUAAACCCAAGCUGCAUCCAGUGAAAAAUAUUGUUCAGGAGAUUGAAAAGGACCAGCAAGAAAUCAUCGAAGAUGAAAAUCCACGGAAAAGUUUUGAGGAAAUUAAGAAAAUUGAAUAUGAAGAAGAGAAGGUAAGCAUAAUUCCUCCAAAACCAUUACCAAGAAGCUCCAGAACCGGGUCUGUAUGCGAACCUAUGGAAGACAACGCCCCCAAACCAGUGGCCAGACCGAGAACUAACAGCUGUGUUCCUGUGGUCACUUCAGUGAACCCCAAUGGUCCCUUGGGUGGAUACAAGCCAAGGCUUGGGCCCAAACCCUUUACUCCUCCAAAACUAAACGACACUGAAAACACUUUUAGUAAAGUGUUUUCUGUUCCACAAGUUCCUGGCAUUACUUCAUCUAAUUCAAAUGGACAUGUGGCUUCAAGUGAAAGUAAUCAAACUGAACAAGAAAAAGAAAAGUCUCCAACAAGCGAUAUUGAAGCCACUCCACUGAAACAGGACAAUGAAAAUGGUAAGUCAGGCUCAAGCGGCGAAGAAGAAACUUCUUGUGAUUCAGGCUAUAUCCCAAAAACCCCAACAACUGCUGAAAGAAGGAAACUAUUCGAAACGCGCACUAGUUCCAAAGAAAACGAACCAGAAGACAAUUUUGAUGCAGUUGAUCAGUCUGGUAUGUUUGAGCGAAAUACAUUGCAAAGAAACAGCAUUGCAGAAAGAAGAAAGAUGUAUGAGCGAUCUCAGUCUCAACAAGACCAACCUACGAUAAUUGAAAAGAGCAUUUCUUCUCCUGUUAUGCUACGAAGAAAGGAUUCGUUUAAAAAAAACUCGGAUGAAGACAGCAAUAGAAGGAGUGUGCCAGUAUCAAAACAACAAUCUUUGGAUGUGCAAGCUUUAAAGAAAAACGAUACAGCUCCAACACCAAAAAGAACUUCUACAGUAUUUGGAAAAGUAUCAAAGUUCAGACACUUGAAAGGCACCACAGCUCACAAAAGUUUCCAUAUAGAAAAUAUUAGGAAUUUAAGUAGGCAAAUACCAGGAGAAUGUGACGGAUUCCAUGCUAAUCCUCAAAGAGUUGCUGUACCUUUGAGCGGACCAGGAGGCAAAAUUGCUAUAUUUGAACUUAGCAAAACUGGUAAACUUCCAGAUGGCGUUAUUCCAACCCUAGUCCAGGGUAACAACAUAAUGGAUUUCCAAUGGGACCCGUUCGAUAAUCAACAAUUGGCAGUAGCUUGCGACGAUGGUGUAAUAAAAAUAUGGAAAAUUCCAGAAAGUGGCCUCACUGAACCGACAAAUGAGCCUGAUCGUGAAUUUAACGCUCACAGUGACAAAAUAUAUUUUCUAAAACACCAUCCAACUGCUAAAGAUGUUUUGGCCACAGGCUCCUAUGAUAUGACGAUAAAAUUAUGGGAUUUGACAAGUUUGACAGAGAAAUUGUCUUUGAAAGGCCACAGUGAUCAGAUUUUUAGUUUUUCUUGGUCGCCUUGUGGCGCUCAGUGUGCCACUGUUUGCAAAGAUGGCAAAAUUAGGAUUUUUGCUCCAAGAAAAAGUGAUUUGCCCAUUAAAGAAGGUAAAGGGCCUGAAGGUAAUCGUGGAGCGCGUAUCGUAUGGGCAUUAGAUGGACGCUAUAUUGUUACCCUGGGCUUUGAUAAAGUGUCCGAAAGACAAAUCACUAUUUAUAAAGCUACUGAUUUGAAUACUCCUCUCAACACUGUAGGCUUGGACGUUUCUCCUGCAAUUUUAAUACCUUUUUAUGACGAGGACAGCUCCACAUUAUUUUGCACGGGAAAAGGUGACUUAACAAUUUACGCCUUUGAAAUCACAGAAGAACAUCCUUUUAUUUGCCCUUUGAGCCAUCACAGGUGCAACUCUCUGCAUCAAGGCUUGUCGUUUCUGCCCAAAAACGUAUGCGACGUCCAGAAUGUGGAAUUUGCCAAAGCCUACAGGUUAACCAACAAUUCCAUCGAACCGCUGAGUUUUACCGUGCCUCGAAUCAAAACAGAGUUGUUCCAGGAUGAUCUGUUUCCUGCUACAAGAGUGACUUGGGUACCAAGUGCUUCGAGUAAUGAGUGGUUUACUGGAAAAGAUAAACCUGUCCACAGGGUCAGCUUGAAACCAGACGGAAUGGAAUCUUUGUCAGAAUCUCAGCCUCAAGGUCAAGAAAAUAGGACCAUCAAUAAGUCAGCUUCCAGUCCGUUUAUUGGCACUUCAAAGCCUUACAAUAAAUUGGCUUGGAACCCGGAGUUGACAGAGCAAACAAAAAAUAAGCAGGAGGAGAUCCAAAAAUCGGUAAGUAGCAGAUUAGAAGUGAACUUAAAAUUGGAACAAGACGAAAUGGAGGGUGUCGAUGAAAAGGAGUGGACAGAUUGA